GUCUAUACGAAACGAAGCUGUGACAUGUCGUAAGUCGUAACAAAGUAUGAUUAACAUUUUAUUUUUCACGUAAAAUUUGCUUUGAACUUCUUAAUUUACAUGUGUAAUGUCUUUGUUUGACACCGCUGUUUUUAAUUCAACUCUCUAUGAGGCUUUGUAUCUUCAGAUAGAAGAUACUUUAGCCUUCGCUAAAGAUUUUUUUGGAUCGUGUGUAUCCUCGCUGCCGGUUGAAAAUUUUCCAAAAACGCUCGUAAAUUUAAGUGUACUAUCUUUCUACGACGAUAUAGCCGAGGUCAUUUAUUUUAACGAGUUCCAAUUUCUCUUGCUUAAAACUUUUUUUGUGAUAUUAUUGUUUACUUUGUUAUUGAUUUUUAUUUCCUGGCGUGUUUACGGAACACGCAUAUCUGAAAGGUUUAUGAACCCAGGUAAGUCCUAUAUCCAAUUUAUAUAUUAUCAACGAGUGUAAAAUCACUACGUUUAAAUAUAUUUUAUCUAGCAAAUUCACUCUUAAAACUGUUCAGUGUAUUAUUAAAAUGUGAUUUGCUGAAUAGUGGUGCUAUGUUCUAUAAUCAAGGUUUUGUUUAUUUACUCCUAUAAAACAUCAAACACUUAACUACAAAAAUUAUAAUUUUGUAAGCUAUAAGUUUCACUGAGAGGUUAAUGGUUUUUUAAGCAUUUAUAUUAUUUGGUAGGUACUAUUUAUAAUGUGUGUGUAUGUGAUAUAUAAAUUUAGUUCAUACUAGAGGUUUGUAGAAAGUGCAAUAUUUUUAAGUGAAAUAAUUCAACAUUUGUGAUGAAAUAGAAUUUGAUAUGGUAUGAGUUUGGUGUAAUAAACAAACUGAAUUGUUUACUAUUUACAUUAUCAAAAUUCACCUCUUUUUUUUCAAACCAGUCUACAUAUAUAUUAUGUGCAAGAUGUUAAUCAAUCAUCUUAUUCCUCUAAUGAAAUAACUUUUUAGAGAGAAAAGGGGCUGAAAAAUUAGGUAUUUGUCAUGGAUAAUUUUGCACUAAUAAUACCUUCAGAAAUUAGUUAUAUAUAUUAGAUAAAGUGUUUUUAUACAUGUUAAUUGAGUUCUACCAUGUUAAAUCUAAGGUGACCCAAGCCUCGAUUUCCCUGUCCUUGAUCUAAACAAACAGUAGAAUAUUUAUAAUUAAAUAAACAUUAUAAAUGUUUAUGUUUAUUUCUUUAAAAAAAAAUAAAAAAGAUAUGUUUUUUAUUAGCAACAAUUAUAUUGCCAAUAUAGUUAAAAAUAUCAUGAUUACAGCUACAUCAGCUACUAUAGAACAACUUAAAGAAAGUGUAUCCAAAUUAAAGUUACCUAAAGAGCACACACCUAGAAUCUAAAAUGGCUGAAAAAAUUAAAAAGUUUUUCCAAAAGAAGAAGGCUGAUGCUAAAUUCAAGUUAGCAGGCCCGGGGUAUAAAUUGACCGAGUCUACAAUAAGUAAUCAGAGCUGUAACUCGUCAAAAAAAGAAGUUCCAGUUGUAAAAAGAUCAGGGUUGUCAGAAGAGAGCAAAGUCGCAGCUGAAGCAGCACUCGCUAGGUUACAACAGAAAAGAGAUAACCCUUCAUUUAAUACUUCUCUUGCUGCCAUUAAAGCACAAGUUAAAAAGGAAUUAGAAAAUGAAAAAGCUGGUGAAACUGAAAAGGUGCCUUCAAACAUAGAGAGAGCAAAGCCUGUAGAAAAUGAAGUUGAUGUUCCCAGGAAUUAUGCUGCGUCAGGUGUUUACUUCAAAUGUCCGCUUAUAAGUAAUGACAUUUUGCCAAGAGAUGAAUGGAAGAAAAAUAUUAAGACAUUUUUGUAUGAGCAGUUAGAAGAGGAAAGGGGAUUGACAGCCUGCCUUAUUAUACAAUCCUGUAAUAACAACAAGGAAAAGAUAGACACUUGUGUUGAGACACUUUGCAAAUAUUUGGAGAACAUUGUCACAUACCCUGAAGAGGAGAAAUAUCAGAAAAUUAGAAUGUCCAACAGAGCGUUUUCAGAACGGGUCCAACCAAUAGAAGGUGCAAUGGAAUUACUCUUGGCCGCUGGCUUCACGCAACAAACUUUAACAAAUCCGGAAGGUGUUGAAGAGGAAUAUUUGGUGUUUAACAAGGAAAAUGUGCCUUCUGUUGAAAGUCUAACGAUUUUAAUCGAAGCCCUGCGCACCGCCGAACCAAUACAGUUAGAGCUAGAUAGGAAUCUGCAAGUGCUAUUGCCUUCCCAAGCAGCCAAUAAGAUGGCGUUACCCGCGUCCUUCUAUGCACUGUCGCCGGAGGAAUUAAAGAGGGAACAACAGUUACGAACUGAAGCCAUAGAGAAGAGCCAAAUGUUACGAACAAAAGCAAUGCGCGAAAAGGAUGAGAUGCGAGAAAUGCGAAAAUAUAAAUUCGCCAUCAUCAGAAUACGUUUCGCCGAUGGUAUACUCUUACAGGGCACUUUUUCAGUCUACGAGCGCUACAAUGAAAUCCACGAAUUCGUACAAGAGAACUUAGAACACAGCGGCUUACCGUUUGUUCUUAACACGCCAACAGGACAUAAAUUAAUACCAGAAGAAGAUGGUAAUAAGACCCUUAUUGACUUACGAUUAGUACCGGCAACAGUGCUUACUUUCGCUUGGCACCCAUCUGUGGCCGAGGAAAUAAAUAAUAGCCCAAAUAAGGAUGUUUAUUUAAAACCCGAAGUUAUGGUCUUAGUUCAAGAGAUAUAGAUAAAAAAUAAUAUUCUGAUAUUAUGUUCAAUACAAUGUUACUUCAUUUGGAUUUGCAAAUAAAUCCAACCUUAAAUUAACUUUAUGAAAGUGUAAUUGUUACUUUUGUGAUCAUAUUUUCCACCUUAAAUAAUGGCUUUUCAACAUUAGUAAAUAUUUCGCACUUUGAAAUUAAUAUAAAUAUUUCCCACUUCUUAUUAUUGAAUUUGUGUAACUAUUCAUUGUAGACCUUCGACAUAUUAAUAUAAAAAAGUAUUUUACUACGUUGUAUGUAUAUUUAUAGCAUGUAAAUAUGAUUGUGUAUUUAAAUUUUGAUUUUAUUUAACCGAUUCUUUGCGGAGGUGCCAGGCAUGCCAUCAAUUUUUUUUUCUGUGUGGCGUCAUACGCGCGUCGUGUAAAUUUUAAAAAUCGUUAUAACUAGCCCAAAUUGCAUUUGUGGAAAAUUUAUCCAGAGCAAAAUAUUCAUUAUUUUGCAAGUAGUUCAUGCCUACAGCCUUCGUUUCUGGAUAUUUUGUGAAUUUGAAAUUUUUAGGGGUAAACAACCUUUUUAACUAGUGGAGGGCACUCUUUUACACUGUGUGGAUUUUUAAAUCAUGUACAAUACUCUAAUAAGUAACAAUAGCACUUAUCGCGAUCGCUCACGAACUCAAGUUGUAAACAAGUUUCUGGAAUGUCUUCUGUUAAAAAAUAACAUAAUAUCUUAUGGUUUAAUUUUGCUUAAAAUGGGUAAACUGAUGUCUUAUUAUUAUCAUGUGGCCGAAUGUGCCUACGAAGUACCAUGUACUAUUGUGGUAUGGGAUAGGGUUUAUUUUUGCUUGAAAGACUUCAAACGCAUACAAGCAUAAAAAGUUCGCAAAAAAAAUGAAUUCUAUUUAAAAUAUUUCGUCGUCGAAUUUUUGAAAUAUUUUUUCGUCGUCGUCGUCCUGCAAUUGAGUUUUGUCGUCAACAAUUUCUAUCUCAAGAUUAUACUUGCGUUGUUGAUUUAAUUCUUACAACAAUCAAAAAUCAUUGCUAUGUUACGUGCCAUAAUAGUAUUAAUUUAACACUGAUUACCUUUUUCCAUAGAACACACAACACAGCUAAACCAUAGUAGGAAGUCUCCGCGGUAACUUCGGUAUCGUAGAAUAGUCACAUUCUCGUCGUAUAAUAACAUUUGUAAAUAUCAAUGAAUCACAAAUCUCAUUUUUUUCCAAAUUAAGGUUCUUGAUUUUUUGAUAUUUAUAAACGUUAUUGUUCGGUAAAAAAUUAAUUUAAUAAAAGCCAAGGUUUUUCAGGCUGAUUUAGCUGUACUUUUUUUUUUGAAAACUAAAAAUAGCACAAAAGGUUUGUAACAUCUGCAUAAAAAGACCCUCCAUUUCAAGGAAAACACGUAGUUAGCCAUUUCAAACAAAAAGUAUCCUUCCGAUUGCAACUGAUGUUUGAUGUCAACUUAACUUAAUCAGGUCUAAACAAGUGAAAAAAGCAUAAAAAGGAUUUUUUUACACGGCUGAAGGCAAAUACGCGUGUCAUCAACUUAAUGGUGAUUGACACGACAGGAGUGUUACGUAUUAUUUGUUCGUCGCCACAGCUAAAAGUUUUCAAUAAUUGGUUUCGCAACGAAUCGGUUAAUAAAUGUCGGGAUCAUUAUUAGAAGCCGUAUUUUAUAAUUUACUCUGUUAACAAGCUGGUUUAUACAGCAUAAUGUACUCUGGGAAAGAAUAGACACUGAAAUUUUUGAAGGAAAGUGUACUACUAAGAAACGAAAGAACUACUAAGAAAGUAGAAAAAUACUGCGAGCUAUGCACUUGUUAGCUUAUUUUUUCUAUUUUGGACAAAUAAAUUGUGUAUUUUAAAACUAACGAAUCAUACAGAAACAAUGAAGUAAAUGGCAACACAGGUUACAUUAAACCAUGUCUAUCAAUAUCAAAAGUCCACUGCUGAACAUAGACUUCCCCCAUAGAUCGCGUCAUAGGGGGGAGUCAUAUUUGCCAUGGUAGCCGCGCUUGGCAGGCGUGUUGGCAACCGCGGUCCUUUAUUUUUUAGUUAUUAGAAAUAUGCUGCUGCAGAUCUCUUGGUAUGUUUUUCUCUGUCGCCUCAAUUCGACCGACACCCACGGCAAGAUAUGACUAUAUAUUCUCACAUCGCCACGACUGGUAUUUCAUGGAUACCAGAUGUAAAAUGGACGUGGUUACGCAAAAAGGACCCAACCCGAGUUUGUGUCAAAAAUUUUGACUUGAAAAAUAAUGUUUGUGGUCUAUACUAUUAUGUGAUGUAAUAAUUUUAGCAAAAGUAACACAAAUAAGAAGAAAAAUUAUAAACAGACCGAAAUCAUCCCGAUAAUUUAAGUUUAUGAUAUUUGAAGUAUGGAUACUUCAAAUAUCAUAAACUCAAAUUAACUUACCGCGGAUUGGAUCCUUUUUGCAUAACUACGUCCAAAUAUUUACUUCUUACUGUGAUAGCCAAUCCGUCUCUCGAGUAUGGUGAUUAGAUCAAAAUACAAUCAGAGACCAUUUCCAGCAGUGAGGUAAUAUUGGUUAAUAAAUAAUAAUUAUAAGAAUAUAUGUAAAAUCUUGAACCGUGUAGGGUCAUGGUAUAAUUUAUUUCAUGGAUAACAACUUACCUUAUAUUUAAAAAAAAUCUUUAUAAAUUUAAAUAAAUUAAAUUCCUCAACCUAUCGAUAUCCGUUAAAAAAUUAAUAGAAUGUACUAGUUGCUUAAUAUUGGAUUCCAAUUAUCGCAAGGGCUGCCUUUGUGUAAACUGAUAAAGGGCUAUGCUUUUGUAGUAAGUUAAUUUAUUUGUUAUACAUAAAGCUAUAUUUGUAUAUGGAGGUGUUCAUUUAAUUUAAAAAUAAAAUUUAAACAACGUU